CUUCCUUUUGACUAAAGCAGCUUAAACGUGAAGGAGAAGAUAAACGACUGACCGCUCAACCACCGACUGGCACAUUGCGGUCGCAACCGUAGCGGACAACCAAAGUGCCCAUCGUUGUGCGCCGCCUUAUCACUUUCGAAACUCAUUUCUCUCUCUUACAUCUUCGAUACAAUUAUCAACAUCUUCCCACUGACGAAUCGCUCAGUUUUUUUAAACGUGUCGUCGAAAGUUUUAAUUUUCGUGCCAAAAGAAAAACAUUUUUUCGCCGGUGAAUUUUUUUGAUUUUGUUCGUCCUCUUUUCCUACCGAGCGGAGGGAUUCUCCUUUCAACGUGAGCUGUUGCGUCAUGGUCAUCUCAAUGUGCUCCAAAAGCUCCUCAUCCUCAACGGCCAACAUGGACUGGGACAUCAACGACAGCAACAUCCCAAAGGUGACUCGCUAUGAUCAUUUCAACGACUGGGUAGACGGCCACGUGCGGCUGGUCUAUCGGCCGGACUGCGAGGAGGCCCGCCGACACGGCUCCGGCUGGGCCAUGAGAAACACCAACAAUCACAACGUUCAGAUCCUCAAGAAAUCGUGUCUGGGCGUUCUCCUCUGCUCCAACCGGUGCAUCCUAGACACGGGCGAGCAGGUCCACCUCAGGCCGGCCAUCUGCGACAAAGCCAGGAAGAAGCAACAAGGUAAACCGUGUCCUAAUCGUCGAUGCAACGGCCGAUUGGAGAUCAUCGCCUGCCGAGGCCAUUGCGGCUACCCGGUGACUCACUUUUGGCGACACACGGAGCACGCCGUCUUUUUUCAGUCCAAGGGCGUUCACGAUCACCCCAGACCCGAGGCCAAAUCGACGGCCGAGCAGCGGCGGUUGCGCGGAGCCGCCGCCACCCUGGGAGCCGGACUCCAUCACACGGCUGGAUCGGCCGGCGGAUCGUCGGGAUACCGACGCACCAGAGGCCUAGCUCUUCUCCUUGCCCGCUCCCACCAAAAAGCCAACAAGAAUGUUGCCGGUCAUUCUUCCAAACGUGAUAAAAAUAAGGGUGUGGCCACGACCAUUAUCAAAGAUGAGUGUCCACUUCAAGUCAGUCCGGCUGUUCCGAUGAUGAUGCCGGCAGUUGAGCCGGCCUCGAUGCCCGUCUCAGUCGACUACCACCACCAAGUUCACAUGGAUGAUAAUUAUCCAUCGAUAGCCGCUUAUCCGACGGAAGUGCACGACCAUUCGCUUUACUACCACAGCCAUCCGCACCAGCAACAGCAGCAGCAUCAACACCAACAGCUGAUUGGCGAUCCUUCGACGAUGAUGGACAGUUCCUACAGUUUGCCUUGUGACUACAACAAUUCCGCCGGCUAUUGCCCGGCUGAUCUCCAUCAGGCCAACUAUCCCUACCAGCAGCAGCAGCACUACGCCACUGCGGCCGCUCCGUCCGUCGCCGGAGCGCCCGACGCCCAAUCUUCUUCCGGCUAUUACAGCUCGCCCGUCGUCGAUCACCACCACCAGCAACAACAACAGCAACAACAACAUCACUACGCCACGCAUCAAAUGACGGACAACAGCAGUUCAGUGUCGUCGCUGAUGGUGUCGACGCCCUACGAUUGUUACUCCAACAGUCACGACCAUUUGGAGUUGAAGUACCAGGCGGCCUUUGUCGACGCCCUGGAGAGCAACCACAACAACACUUCGAUGGAGAGUUCGUCCGUCGAGGGAUCGGUGGCGGUGGCCGGCAGCAACAACACGUCGGCCACGACGGCCAACGAGAUGGAAGCCGAUCCUCUGCAAAUUCAUUCCAACCUGGUCCAGCAGAUGCCGACGCCCGAAUUCCAAUACGAGUACGAAACCAAUUACGGCAACAACGAGUGGACCAUGACGACGGCGGGGGGCCACUACGGCGCCAACAGUUACCCGACGGCCAGCCUCACGAACCUUAAUAGCGAGGCCUAUCCGGCCGACAACAGCCUGACGGGCUGCCCGUCCGAGUCGGACAUGCCCAUCCUGCCCAACUACUGUUUCGCCGCUUGCGUCUUCACGACGCCGCCGGCCUCAUCCGAGCCGGCCAUCGGCACCCACGGCGGCACCAAAGUCGAGAUCGGCACCUAUUCGCCGACGGCCCGCCACUUUGAGUCGUCGUCCUACGACAACAACAACGCCAACAACAAUUACCAAACACUAAACGAAGAACCUCUUCAUCCGGCCUUAUGAGAGAGUCUCCAUUAGAAAAUCCGUCGCCUUUUUAAUGUCGAACUGUUUGUGUUACGCAAGCGAAACUGAAAAAACUGUCGUGCCUUUUUGUGACACGCUCCAAUCGCAACAUUUUCUUGAUAAUGAAAUCAGAAUGAAAAAAGAAACGAAUGUGUAUGAUUCAUUUUGGAUCCGUAUAAUCUUUUGUGCUGUUUGUUUAUGUUUGUCGAUCUCGCCAUUCUUUUGAUAUCUUGCGUGGGAGUAAUUUAAAAAUUUGUGUCAAUGAAAAUGGGAGUGAAAAUGAGUUCUGAAAAUUGUACAAGUUUGGGAAACAUUGAUUUGUUUAUCU